GUGGAGAUGAGAACAUGAUUGAAAAUAAUACAGAACGUCACUUCCCAACAUUGAAUCGUCAUAAACGUGAAUAUUUUAAUUUGGGUCGCAGCACAACUAAUUGGCGUGAAGAUUCUCCAUCUUCACAAUUUUUGGAAGAAGGAAGGAUUGAUGAUGAGGUUAGUGAAAAGCAUGCAAAAUUGGAAUUGGAAACACCUGAACUUGUCUUGAAUAUGAAAGAGGAACAAGAAGAUUCUGCAACAGGCGAGUCAAAUAGUGGUGGAACUGAAACAUCUGUUAGUGCUGUUGACGAAGAAAAGAAAGAACAAACUCCAAAUUCAAUUCUGGCCCAGUUGGUUGACAUUACUCGAGGGAAGAAAAAUGAUGUUGUAAAAGCCAAAGAGAGAAUGCCAUUAGCAAAAGGAAUUAAUACAACGACUGGGAGUUCUACAAGUACAACUACAACAGUCUCCAAUAAUUACAACUCUCCUAGUAGCGAACAUGUAAAAGCUCACAAGUCGAUUCAGUGUGGUGGUUGCGGUGAUAUGGUUGUUAACCAGGAAUGGAUUAUGCUCAACCAUGUGAAUACAAAGCAUUUACAUUUGCCCUUAUACAAGUGCGUUAGCUGCAACAAACCGUUUGAGAAUUAUUUGCGUAGCUAUGCAGUUCGACAUGCAAAGUUUUAUCAUGCCGGUGAUGAAAGCCUUUUAAUUGAUCAACGAGAGAUGUUUUGGAACGAUUUGCGUGAAGCUUGUACUAGUUUAUUCAAGUCUGGUAAUGGAGGAGGAAAUGGUUCAGUUUGA